GCUCGCCUGAAUGAAAACACAGGAGCGACGCCACCACCACUGACGCUCUGUUGUGGCGACAAAAUCCCCCGAAACCGUCCUCUGCGGGUUCUCUUCACGGGUGUGAUCGGCGUACAUCAUCGAUCAGCGCACGGUGUGCUGGACGUGACAGGGCAACAUGGACCCAGCAAAAGUGACAGAAUUAAAGGGCUUCGUGAACAUGUGCGAGUCCAGUCCCGAGAUCCUGCACCUUCCAGAGAUGGGCUUCUUCCGGACCUGGCUGCAGGGCAUGGGUGCAACUAUUCCUCCACCACCCAAGAAAAAAGAGUCGUGCCAGGGUGGCUGUCCCUGCGGUCCUCCUCCUACAUCAGCUCCACCUCCCGAACCAGAGCCUCCCGUACUCUCCGAGAGCGAGGAGAGUGAUAUAGAAAUUGACACAGAGGGAGUGAUCGAACCUGACGCCGAUGAACCGCAGGAGAUGGGAGAGUAUGAAAACAUUGAGGUCACAGAGGAGAUGAUGGACCAGGCCAGUGAGAAGAAGAUGGCGGCUAUUGACGCUCUGGGAGAAGGAGAUCUGCAGAAAGCUCUGGAUCUUUUUACUGAAGCCAUCAAGCUGAACCCCUGCGUAGCCAUCAUGUACGCCAAGAGGGCGAGCGUCUUUAUCCAGAUGAAGAAACCCAACGCAGCCAUAAGAGACUGCGACAGAGCCAUCAGCAUCAACCCAGACUCUGCACAGCCGUACAAGUGGAGGGGAAAAGCUCACAGGUACGUUUCCAUUUUACAGCUUUACGCUAAUCUGCACUCUGAGGCGCAAACAGAUGAUUUUAGACGACCUGAACUGAAAUCUUGACUGUGCUGAAGGACC